CUGCUGCAAGAUUGAACCACCUUCGGCUUCAGCAACAGCGCACUGAGAAAGUGACCCAUGUUUUCGUUUACCCUUUUAGGUCAGAGACAAACCCAGUAAACUAUCAGUGAUGGAGGAUCACAAAGUUUCGAUUUUUCUUUGAUUGGGUAUAACUGAGUAAAGAGGGUAGUGAAGCAAUGCGGAGAGAGAUCGCGUUUCUCGUUCAGCCGCGAUGUCUCCUUCUCCUCCUUGUUCUCUCAAUUUUCCUCAUUUUCGCAAUCUCUGGAUCUAGACGGGUAUGCCCUUUAACCCUUUAUUCGUAUACUGUUGUCAUUGCUGAGGAGCAAACAGAAGAGGAACAUGAAAUUACGCACAGAGUAUACUUGGAUGUUGAUAUUGAUAAACAGCGUUUAGGUAGGAUUGUGAUUGGAUUGUAUGGCCAAAUUGUACCGAAAACUGUGGAAAAUUUUAGAGCUUUGUGCACAGGGGAGAAAGGCGAGAGUGCAAGUAGCUUAAAACUUCAUUACAAAGGAACACCAUUUCAUCGGAUAAUAUCUGGUUUCGUGAUUCAGGGUGGAGACAUUGUUCAUCAUGAUGGCAAAGGAUCUGAAUCUAUUUAUGGUGGCACCUUUCCUGACGAGAAUUUCAAGAUUAAACAUUCUCACGCUGGCGUUGUCUCUAUGGCAAAUUCAGGACCUGAUUCCAAUGGCUCUCAGUUUUUCAUUACUACGGUGAAAGCCAGCUGGUUGGAUGGAGACCAUGUUGUCUUUGGCAAGGUUGUUCAAGGCAUGGAUAUUGUGUUUGCAAUUGAAGGGGGAGCUGGAACCUACAGUGGAAAACCCAGAAAGAAAGUAGUGAUUGCAGACUCUGGAGAGAUACCUAAGAGCAGGUGGGAUGAAGAAAGUUGAAUGUCCUCGUUUCAUUUACAACAACUAGCAUGGUUGGGUUAUAGUUUACUCAUCCAAAAUCCCAUAUUGAGGUGUGUUUCACCCACAAAUUACUUGUUUGGCACAAAACAAUGGUUUGGUUGGGUUGUGUUUGAACAUGAUUUUAGGUCUCAAACCUUGAUUUUAGUGGAACUGAAAAAGAGUUGAUUUUCCUUUAGGCCAAACCAUGGUUUACAAAAUAUAAUCAAAACAUGCUAAAAACUUGACUAAAAAAAUUGGUAGAUUGUUGCUUAGCGAACACAAAAGCUCGGUUCCUUUUAUAUAUGACAGUCUCAGCAACAUUUUUGAUGAAUUACAGUCUGUUUUCAUUCUUUUUUUGUGUAUGUAUUUGAAAUUAUUUUGUGUAUUGGUAUUUUAUACUUUAUAUUA